AUGGAUUUUUCAAUAGAAAUGCUUCAUUUCAAUAGCAACUCCAACUUUCUCCAGAAUGAAGAAUCGAGGGAUGAGACAGAUGAAGUCAAUAAUUUCCAGAACCACCUGAACAAAAGGAGGGAUCAGGAGGAACUGCGCUUCAGAGACCUAGAAGAUCUGAAUGAUCUAGAUGAUGACACAUGGCACCGACUGAAGCCUCUCUUGGAAAACAAAAUCCUUCAUCUGGAAGGCCGUUCUGAGUUGAAGCCAGAUAAACUCGAAGUCAGGAAAUGCCAGGAAAAGAAAUGGAAACAGAGGAAAAUCGGCUCCAAUGGAGUGUUUACCAAGAAGGUGGCAGUUGGAUCUUCAAUUGUUUUACUUGCUGUCUUGUGCCUCAUCUUUCUUGUACUUUUUCUAGUGUGUCUAAACAAGGAGCCAUCCGGUGGUGAUGUUCCCCUUCCACGCCAUUCUCCUCCAUGUCCACCUCAUUGGUUUUGGUAUCAGAGAAAGUGCUAUUACUUUUCAGAGGGAGAAAAAAACUGGACUUCCAGCAAGGACUUCUGCUUUUCCCAUGAUGCUUCCUUGGCAAGGAUUACAGAUGAAGAGAUGGAUUUUAUACACCUUCUCAAAGGGAAGGACGCCUUCUGGAUUGGCCUCAGAAGAUCCCCAGGUCAGCCCUGGACAUGGCUAAAUGGAGACACUGCAGUGUUGGAGGUUCGUGGCGAUGGAGGAGAUUGUGCUUAUUUGGACAAUGAAUUCAGAGCCAUUUCAGCCAGGUGUAGAACAACAUUCCGUUGGAUGUGCAGCAAACCGGAUGUGUCGGAACAGCCAAAGUAAAUGAGAAAGAUGAUCAAACAAGAGGGGUACCCAGCAGCAAAAGAGACCAUGUUUUGUUGUUGUUUAGUCAUUAAGUCAUGUCCGACGCUUCGUGACCCCAUGGACCAGAACACGCCAGGCCCU